AUGGACUCCGAGUCAGCAACUUCUGCUCCAGCUACUGGUGAAACUGCUGCGACCACAGAAAUCAAAAUUCCCGCACUUUUCGAAGAUCCUUCAGCAGAUGUCAUUUUGCGCACAAGCGAUGGUGUAGACUUACGCGUCUACAAGCUUAUUCUGUCCCUCUCGUCCCCGGUUUUCCAAACGAUGCUCACCCUCCCUCAACCGCCAUCCGACAACACGUCUACACCUACAAACCCAGUCAUUGGAAUGACCGAGCCGUCGAGUGUCCUUAUUCCACUCAUUCGUGCGUGCUACCCCGCACGCCGCGAGCACGAGCUGGAUGCUACUGACACCGCACAUCCUGGUGGUCAAACGGCAUCUGGCAAGCCAAAUCACGACCUCAUCCGUGAGAUCCUUGAGGCAGCUCGUAAAUACGAUAUCGCUGCAUUCGAUAGCACGGCCUCUGCUCUCCUUCACGGCUUCAUCGAAGGCGAUCCAAUCGCCGUCUACGCCACCGCGGCUCGCUUUUCCCUCAAAUCCGUCGCCGCCGCUGCCGCCAAGCAGACUCUAAAGUCUAAAUUCAUGACCCAUAGGUCUGCUGAGGCGAUGAAUUACAUGACGCCUGUCCAGCUCUAUGACCUUCUACAGUAUCACCGUAGGUGCGGUGAGGCGGCUCAUGAUGCUAUCAAUCACUUCGCACGAAAUGUGGAUGAGGAGGACAGAUUCUAUUACAUGUUUACAGACUCGAAACCUUGUAGUUGCUUCAGGAGGCUUGACAUGACAAUGCUGGGAGAUGAUGACUCGGGAAGCUGGGCCUUGCCUUCAGUUUGGGACUUUCUACAAUACGCAGCAGCAGCGGCGAAGGAUCAUCCAGAUCCUCAAGUCAUCCUGUCCUACGACGAGAUCCAAGCGCAUCCUCGCUGGGAAGGAGCCGCUUGCUCUGAUUAUGACAAUUGUGCAGCAUCUGGACCAAUGAGUCUUGAGCCAUUUUAUGCCAAACUGAUGAAGAUGGUGACGGAGGCAGUGAAUAAAGAACCACCACCCAGCAUUCCUUGA